AUGAGAUUGCCUCUCGUUGGUGUGGCCCUUGGCCUGCUUUCUUCCUCUGCCAUCGUGACAGCUCAGACAUACACUGAUUGCAACCCAUUGCAGAAGACUUGCCCUCCGAAUCCCGCUCUGGGGAGAUCAGUCACCUACGACUUCACCAAAGGCUCUUCCGCCGACUUCAAACCAGUUGGAAGCCCCACGUACGACAGCAACAACGGUGCUGCUUUCUCAGUGGCCAAGCAAGGUGAUGCCCCGCUGAUCCAGUCCAACUGGUAUAUGAUGUUUGGUCACGUCGAGUUCGUGAUCAAGACCGCACCAGGCAAGGGCAUUGUUAGUAGUGCAGUUCUGCAGUCUGAUGACCUCGAUGAGAUCGAUUGGGAAUGGCUCGGAGCAAACAAUCUGUAUGUUCAGACCAACUACUUCGGAAAAGGAGACACUGGCAGUUACAAUCGUGGCGCUGCCCACGACAAUGCUGGAAACCAGGAUGCUUUCCACACAUACACAAUCGACUGGACUAGCACGCAGAUUGUUUGGCAAAUUGAUGGCAAGACUGUCCGGGUUCUCACUGCUGAGAGUGCCGGGGAUCAUUACCCGCAGAGCCCAAUGAUGGUCAAGGUUGGUGUAUGGGCUGGUGGUGAUCCGAACAAUGCGCCAGGCACAAUUCAAUGGGCUGGUGGCGAAACCGACUACAGCGCGGGUCCUUAUACCAUGUACCUCAAGUCGCUCGUGGCGACCGACUACUCGACGGGUAAAUCGUAUACUUAUAGCGACAAGAGUGGCUCGUGGCGGUCCAUCACCUCCGAUGGAGGUCAAAUCAAUGGUAAUAGUGACGCUGAGUCCAUUUCAACUGUCGAGUCUGCCCCUCCUGUGACCGCGACAAUUGACAGUGCUCCUAUUCCUUUCAGUGGCACGCACCGUGAGACGUCGAGCUUUGUAACUCCAAGUAUCUGGCCCUGGGUUCCCAAGCCUACCACCUUGUCGUCUUCUGUCGCGAAGGAUACGACUCUGCCCAGUGGCUGGACCUUUUCCGGAUCUCGACAAGUCCAGCCGCCCAGUGCGGCUUCUUCUACGCCCCUCUGUACGUCAUCUUCCUCGGUUUCAUCGCCGGCUUCAUCUUCCCACUCCGGGCUUAAAACCAGUUCCGUCUCUUCGGUCCCGAGUAGUUCAAGUGUGACAAAGUCGACCGGACAUCUUACUUCAACAACUACUUAUCAGAUUAGCACAUAUGGCUCGAUUCUUCCCUCGUUUUCCGCCUCGAUUGCACAUGUGGCCCCUACUGUUGCCGCAGCCAAUGACCUGCUGGAGGCGCCCGUCGGAAUGGGUAUCUUCUGUGCGCUCCUUGGCGGCCUCCUGGCAGUCUUUUGA